AUGCCCGUCACCAAACCCAAGCUGGAGAAGCUCUCCACGCCGGUCACGGCUACAUUUCCAUCUGAGAUUGCCUCGGCAUCGACAGCUACGCCGCUGUCUGCGAUCAACUUUCCAUGCAAGCCUGACCCAGACUUCAUCAAGACGCCGAUCAGCCCGCCCUCAGCUUAUACCGACUUCCUCACCAAGGCAAUGUCUCUCAACUCGCCAAUCGUGGCUUCCUCGGGCGAAACAACGCCAGACUCCGCAUCUGGGGCCGCUCCUAGCGAGAAGUCUGAGGGCUCGUCCAAGGCAGGCGACUCCUCUCCCAGUUCGACCGCAAGCAGCACCAAGCCGUCUCCGCCAACAUCAGCGCCCGUGGUGCCCCCCAGCCCUUACACCUCGUCGGGCCCUAUGUCCGCUCCACCGACUGGUGCAGCUUCAUUCCCGAGUCUCAAACUACCGCCGAGCCCCGCCAUCUCCAACUUCGACUCGCCCCUCAGUGCCAGUACCGUUCGGUCGCCUUUCAGCGCCCGAUCAGUGCAUUCUGUUUUCGACUGGGAAGCAGCCUUGAAGGCACGAUUUGCAGACUCCAAGAAGCACAAAUCAUCACGCACCAGCGUCCGUCACAUUCGCGAGGUGGUAACACGGACCGUCACUUAUACGCCGAGGAUGGAACCGGCGCCUAGGGGCAAGCGGCGGAAGGUCGAGUGA